AGUGUAUAAAAAAGGAAUAUGGCGUGGGAUGUCACUCUGAAGUCGGUUUGAAUAUAUAUCGUGUUUUAGUGCUUUCUUUUUUAUUUACAUCUCUCUUUCUCUCUCUCUUUCUGGUUUUUUUUAUAAAUAUAAACUUUAUGUCUGCAGACAACUGGAAGCCUAUGGCUAUCUCCACUUUAACUUCUAAUGAUACACCUUUAACAUGCCUUGACGACGCGUCUAGUCUAUCACCAAGUUCCUUAUCACAAUCUGGUAGCGGAUCAGACUAUUUUUCGGAAACGACCAACAAGUCUUUACCUCCUCUAUUAUUCGAUUCGAUGCCAGAUGUUACUCUUCAUGAAAGAAGACUACGAAACAAGACAGCAUCAGCCAAAUACAGAGCCAAAAAGAAUAGACAAUACAAUGAGAUGAGAGUGACAGUGCACAGGUUGACCAAAGAAAACGAACUACUUUUACACCAGGUCAACAUUUUACAUAAAGAGAAUAGGCAACUAAAGGUCACACUUGAUAAAUUUCGAGGACGAAUGAUUGCUCAAAAGAUGCUAAAGCAAUAUCUUCGUCAUGAAAAUGACGAUGAAUCCAAGUUGGCGGAAUUCAAUGUUUAAUUUUGCAAAUGUGUAUGUGUGUGUGCGAUUGUAUUUAAUAAACUAUUUUAUCUUUCUGUAUAUUUUGAUUGUUAUUGACGUGGCUGUUUAAGGAGAUUCUAAUGAAUAAUAAAGUGUGAUCUGCUGCUAUAUAAAUAACGGAUAAUUGGAAUAACGACCGUAUCCUUAUAAUAUUUGACGUUUUGCGUAGCAUUUACUUAAUAUUUGUGAAAUGUAAAAUCGCAUGCUCUGAUUUGCAUUCACCAGUUUGCGGUAUUUUUACUGAUGAGCACCCCCUUUG